CCCGCGCGUUGGGCGUCACACUGCUGGGGCUCUGCAGACUUCCUGGCUCUAGUGCCUCGCUCCCUCGCUCCUUGUGCUGUUGUCGGCGGCAGUGGUGGGGAACCUGUGGCUGUGGGGACACUCUGGUCUCUGCCGCGGUGGUGUGCAGUGUGUGCUGGCGUUGCUCCCGUACGGUCUUUAGGAUUUAAACAGUGGCGGAAAAGAAAAAGAAAAGUUUGGUUUACUUAAUAUCACGUGGAUUUCCCAUCACGUCUGGAGGUGUGAAUAUCCAGAUGAUGAAAUAAAGAACGAAGUUUGAUACUAAAAUCCAACGCAACACCGCCCUUAUAAGGUUCAGGAUGGGCCACCUGGAGACCGCACUUCCACGCCUCCCGCUUCUCCUGGUGGCGUGCCUGCUGCUCCUCCAGUCCUGCGCAGCCGCCGCCGAGGACAAGCCGUUCAUCCGCAAGACGACCACGGCGCCCCGGGAGUUCCGCGAGGGCGAGGACGUCCUGCUCACGUGUGUGGUGACCAACCUCGGCAACCACACCGUCUGGUGGAGUCGCCGCGAGAACGGUGAGAGGAAGAAGAUCCUCACCAUCGCCGACCGCAGCAUCACCUACGAUAACCGGAUCUCCGUGCUGCAUGACCGUGCUCCCACCUACAACUCUUCAAUCUUCACUCAAGGUGGCGACGUGUGGGUCUUGGUGAUCAAGUCAGUUCAGCUUGAUGACGCAGGAGUUUACAUGUGUGAGGUUAACUCCAACCCCAUUCUGACCUCGCAUUACGUCAUAUCCGUUAAGCCGAGCAACUCCUCGGAGCCGCAGGAAAUCGCACUCAGGUCCAACCACAACUACACCCAGUGCUGCCAAGAUAACGGGGUGAUGUCCAAGUGCCUUGGCUUCUGUGCCAUCCACAACAUCCUGGAAGGCACCAGCGGCAUAGAGCCCGAAGCGUGUGAGAGUUACUUCCCAGCUAUCGUUCGCUGUAUGGCAGAUAUGCGCAACCACGUGCCAUGCUGCGAGAAGGAGCGCGUGCCGGACCUGUGCCAGGACCUCUGCCGGGGAGACUACACUAUCCAGGAGGACAAUAUCAAGAAGCACUUUUCCUGCACUGCUUACACGGAGGUCACGCUCAUGUGCAUCUCAGAAGGAGUAGAAAUCCUUCCAAAGGCCCCAGAGUCGCCAAGUGUGACCGUGCUCGGCCCCAACACUAUGAAGGUGCAGUGGAGUCCCCCUAACCCCGGAUCCCCGGCGCCAGAGCACUACGUCGUCAACAUCACCACCAUCACGAAGUUCGACCCCCCCGUUGACAUCGCUGGAGCUCUAGCCUCGGGCGACGGCGACCUGGACAAACACGAUGACCUCAAUUAUCUUCCUAAACAGAGGCAUCUGAAGGUCUCAGCCAACCGCACCGAGGUCGUGGUGAGGAACCUGUCCCCGCUGACCUGGUACGAGGUCUCCGUCAUCUCCCAGAACCGCCACGGGUCGUCGCUCGUGCCCUACAGCCUGCGCGCCCUCACCAAAGCCCAGGAGGCGAACAAAACGGAGAUCGUUAACCCCGAACUGCCUGAUAUCAUAGGAUGUUGCAAUGAUAAAGGAGUCAAGCAUUACAGAUGCAUCAAGAACCUGUGUGACCCGAACACCCGCUACAUCACCGAGCCCGACAUGAUUGUGUGCGCGCCGUGGGCUGCCGAGACCUUCUCCUGCCUCGCCAACGACAUCGACCACUCCGACUGCUGCGUGGAGAGGGGGCUGCCACCCCUCUGCGUCGAACUCUGCUCGGGGAAUGUCACGAAGAUCGACUACAAGUAUUUCAAGUGCGUCGACUACUUCACGGACUACCGGAGCUGCCUCAUGAGGGGCUACAACGUGCUCCCCGGGGCGCCCACGGGCAUCAGCGUCACCAACAUCAACCCGACCUUCGCUCUGCUCCACUGGCGGCCGUCGGAGGUCCACGCCGACUCCAUCAGCGCCUACCACGCGUUCUUCCGGCCCAUCCAGGGGGGCCGCGGGUGCAAGAGCGACUGGUUCAUGGACAACAUAGAGCUGGCCUACCGAGGCGUCUACACGGACAGUCCUCCGUACGUGCUGGAGCACCUCUGUCCAGAGACCCAGUACGAGGUGUACGUGCAAGCAGUCAACACGUACGGCACGAGCGAUUCGUCCACGCGGGUGCUGUUCCGGACGCCGUCGGUGCAGCAGGAGAAGCGGCUGCAGGACAACACCUAUAACAUCACCAAGUGCUGCCAGAACGUCAACAUCAGCCCCGGGUGCAUGCCGCUUUGCGACUACAACGCCCGCAUGUCGCACGUGCGCGCCCUCGCCUCCAUCUGCGCCGGCGAGCUGAGCAGCCUCCUGCGCUGCGGAGUCGGCGGCCGCAACCACCGGCCCUGCUGCAGGCGGCGCGGCGUCCCCGCCUCCUGCCUCAGCGUGUGCUCCGGCUCCUUUACGUCCGACCGCGCCACGCCCGCGCUCUGCAUGCCCUACAUUGGCAACAUCAUGAUGUGCCUCGAGGAAGGCGUGGGCGUCCUGCCCGGCCCCGUGACGGACCUGCACGCUACGAAGGUGACAAACGGCUCCGUCACCCUGGUGUGGCAGCCCCCCAAGGAGAACGUGACGGUCGACGCCUAUCAGAUCCAGUACCAGAGUGUGGACAAGCACUCUGCCUCCAAGGUCAUCUUUAAUCUGAAUAACACCAUCAACGUGACCAACACAGCAGUGACGCUGACCAACCUCACGGCCGGCAGACUCUACAACAUCUUCGUGAUCUCCCUGAACGAGGAGGGCAAGUCGCUGCCUUCGUCCGUGCUCACCAUCAACGCCACCGACGGCGCGCACUCGGGGGGCGUCGUGGUGGGCGUUCCGUCGGCGCCGCACAGCCUCGUCCUCGACAGCAAGACGGCCACGUCGCUCACGAUCGUCUGGCAGCCGCCGGAGCUCGCGUACAAGUUGCAUUUCCGUGCCCUGGGUUCUCCUGACGAAGCAGACAUCUACAACGCAACGAUGACGGGGGCGACUGCCAAGCGCCUCGAGGACCUCACGCCCAACACGCAGUACGUCCUCUACGUCACGGCCAUGAACGGCUUCGGGGAUAGUCGGCCUUCUGAGACGCUCCUGGCCUGGACGGACCCUGCUUACCCCGCGUUCGUAGAGACUCCGACCGUUCACCCUAUCAACCUGAUCGUGGAAGGCGGCACCAUGACUGUGCUGUGCAUUGCCAUGGGAUCUCCUCCUCCCACUGUGUCCCUCUAUAUCUCCGGCGUAUUAAUUCACCAGGAUGUGACGCGCCAUAUGGUGACUGUGGUGCACAAUGUGACACGCGACAUGACAGAGAUCUCUUGUUACGCCGACAAUGGCUACGGGACUCCGAUGCAGACUUCCAGAACCAUCACCAUCUCACGUCGUCCCCAAGUGACAGCCCAGGAGACUGUGCAGGUCGUGACAGGUCGUUCAGUCACAUUAGAGUGCACGGUGGACGCUUGGCCCGUGCCUUCACUCGUGUGGUGGAGAGACCCUGACGGGAGAGUGCCUGUCAUCCACGGCGGAAACUACGCGAUUAACAAAAUAGACGACUUCCAGGGCGAGGGCACGUACCUCAUGCAGCUCACUAUUCGCUCCUUCAACCAGUCCGAGGGAGACCGUUAUUACUGCCACGCCAGCAACGCUUUCGGCACGUUCACGCAGACCAUCAAGCUGGAGAUGGCAAAGCCCCUCAACAUACAGAUUGAAGUGUCCGAGUGCUGUCGGGUGAGCAAUGUGUCCGACACCUGCAUGGACGCCUGUUCCUUCGACGAGCUUGACUUCGACCGUGUCAUGAACCGAGAGGAGUGCAUCCCCGACUUCGGGAAACUCAUGAAAUGUGCUGCAGACGGGUCCGACCACCGCAGCUGCUGCAGCCAGAAGGGCGUCCCGACGCAGUGCCUGGAUUGGUGCCGCGGCGAACCCGUUGCCAGUAACCACCUGUGCCAGCUGCAGUGGGCGCCCCUCAUCUUCGCCUGCUUUAAUGAGGGACAAGACGAGCUCCCCGGCCCGCCGCUUCACGUCCAGAUCGUGAGUGUCUCCUCCUCCACGGCCAGAGUCACUUGGGAACCGCCUGUCAAAAACCCAGACACCGUUGAAUUAUACAGGGUGUUCUGGCGACCACUUGGACAACGAGCCGCGCGCAAGAACGACACUUCCCAGACGGACAUCACGAUCGCGGGGCUGAACGAGGGCACGAUCUACGAGAUCGCAGUCAAGGCCGGCAACCACAAGGGCACAUCCAUUCUCACGCCGACCCUCACCUUCACCCACCGCGUCAUGUACGUCACUUCCGCCUCGACUCACGGUUCGAGCGUGGCUGUGGCCGUGGGCGUCGUGAUAGCGGUGGUGCUGCUGUGUGUGUGUGUGGUCGUUGGCAUCUUCUGGGCGCGCAAGAACAAGCUGCUUUUCACCAAAUCCGCGUCCAACGGAGGAAUCUCCUUCGAAAACCCAUCUUAUAUUCGGGAACAAAAUGGAGACACUGUGCAGAUCGCCGAGACCCCCAACGGCAGCCUGAACGGCAACAUCACCUCCGGGAUGAACGGCGGCGUGAACGGCGGCGUGAACGGCGGCAUGAACGGCGGCAUCUCCCCCACUGACGUCUCGGGCGGCGUUUGGAACACCCAUAACGUUACGUCAUCGACCCCCGGCUUCGAGGACGACCUGCCGAGUAACGGAGGCUACAGGAGGUUUAAUAGCUAGUAACAUUUAGGUCGAAGGGCGGCGUCGCGCCUCUUAAGGUUGUAAUAUGUCUCGUUUUUGCUUUUUUAUCUCGACAUUGAAACUGAUAAAAGAAUAUAUAUAUUUUCGACGAUUAAGGAAAGUCUAAGACGGCUCCGACACAAAACAAGAAAAAUAGAAAAGUAUAUAUAUAAUUUGUUAGUGAAACAGGACCAACAUAUAGUUGUUCAUGUAUACAUAUAUCUUUCUGAUAAAUAGCUUUCCGUUUUUUCCUAAUGUAAGGUGUAGAAUCAAAAUGUUAUCUAAGAAUCGAGUGACAGUUAAGGGCGUGCGAGAUGCAGUGCCCUGGACAUUUUCACCUCCUCAAGAAAAGCUGUCAGAACUUUUACUUUAAACUUUAACGGGAUGACCUGUUCACUGGACCGAGCGCACGAAAACAUAUCAAAACGAAUCGAGUGAUCAUUUCGAUGGCUGUCCGAAUAUGAUGUUUUGAAGGGAAAAGGCAACGUAAAUUAUCCGGUUCAUCUGUGCAAGGGAGGAAACAUACUCAGCAGACUAGAAAAGUGGAAAGCGAGACAAUCAGUAUUAGCAAACACGGGAGUGAGAGAAGCGAUACACGCCAGUGAUUCGAGUUCAAGUAUCUGCAAGCGAAAGGAAAAGGAAUAUUGGCGAAAGUGUGAAAAUUGUGAAAUUGGAAAUAAGUGAGUUUGAAACAGAGUAAAGAUGGAUAUGUUGAAAUGCGGUGUGAGAAAAAAAAUAAGAGAGAAAAUAGUGAAAUAUGAAUAACAAUCCUCUUUGCAGUGCCUAUACCACCAAUGAAAUACCAGCCAGAUAUUAAAAAUUAAAGGAUAUUCUCGAGAAAUGAUAUUACGUAAAUGUGGAAUAUAGCACCUAGUUUUGUGAGUGUUUGUUUGUCUAUCAUAAAGUAAAACCGGUGACUCUUUCAGAUAUGUUUUGCAGGAGCAUAAUAAGAAAAAAAAAGGUGAAUGUUGCGUGGGAUAGUUUAAGUGUUAUUCUAACUCUCUUGUCAGUGCCUUCAAAAAGACAUUGACUGCCCUCACCUGUACGGCACACAUUGCGGAAAGGAGGAAGCGCAUUUUUGUUGCGCAUUUGCGUGAAACAUUGCUUGAUUUCAUCAUCCAAAAUUAUCUAUUUAUAUGUCAUGUAUAUCGGAGGCUCCUCGACUCAAAUACCGCUCAAUAUGAGUGACUGCAAAGCGGAUCAGAUGCAAAUUGUGGUUCUUAACUUCCGCAAUGGUAUAGCUAGCUCUUAGUGAUUUGGGGGUUACAUAUUAUGUUAUUUCUCCACUAAAACAUUUGCAUUUCAGAACAAAUUUAAAGUUGU